CCGGACAAUAAACAGCCGCGCGCGGGGCGAUGCCCGAGCCGGUGUCUACGCCCCCGCGCCGCGCAGCCCAGGUCGCUAGGCCUUAGCCCUCUGUCCCCCCCUCGUCACCCCCUUCCCCCCCUGCACACCCGCCCGCGUUCGACUCGACUCAGCAUCGCGGACCCACUCGGACCUCCGCGGGGAAAUGGAGGUCCUGGCUGGGGAGACCACAUUCCAGCAGGAGCGGCUGCAGGCCAUUGCAGAGAAACGGAAGAAGCAGGCGGAGAUUGAAAACAAGCGGAGGCAGUUGGAGGACGACCGGCGGCAGCUGCAGCACCUGAAGUCCAAGGCAUUGCGGGAGCGCUGGCUGCUGGAGGGGACACCGUCCUCCGCUUCAGAGGGAGACAAGGACAUGAGAAGACAGAUGCAGGAGGAUGAGCAGAAGGCCCGGCACCUGGAGGAAUCCAUUUCCAGGCUAGAGAAGGAGAUCGAGGUGCUGGAGAAUGCAGAUGCACUCCCAGCCACCAUUAAGGAGAACGUGGCAGCCCCCAGCCCAGCCAAGGACACCCAGAAGGCAGAGGUGGUGCUGAAUUCUCAGCAGACCCCGGUGGGCACGCCCAAAGCAGAGAAGCAAGUCUCCAACACCCCUGUGAGGAUGGUGGAAGGCUCCACCAUGAUGAAGGCAGCCAUGUACUCGGUUGAGAUCACAGUGGAGAAGGACAAGGUGACUGGGGAGACCCGGGUGCUGUCCAGCACCACCUUGCUCCCUCGAGAGCCAUUCCCUCAGGGCGUCAAGGUCUACGAGGACGAGACCAAAGUGGUCCAUGCCAUGGAUGGCACUGCGGUGAAUGGGAUCCAGCCACUGAGCUCCUCUGAGGUGGACGAACUCAUCCACAAGGCAGAUGAGGUCACACUGAGUGAGGCAGGGCCUGUGGCUGGGGCAGCAGAGACCGGGGGGACAUCUGAGGAGGCCGUCCGGACCACCACACCCUCCAGGCGGGAGAUCACAGGAGUGCAGGCACAGCCUGGUGAGGCCACUUCAGGCCCACCAGGCAUCCAGCCCGGCCAGGAGCCCCCAGUCACCAUGAUCUUCAUGGGAUACCAGAAUGUGGAGGAUGAGGCAGAAACCCAGAAAGUGCUGGGGCUGCAGGACACCAUCACGGCGGAGCUGGUGGUCAUCGAGGAUGAGGCUGAACCCAAGGAGGCUGCCCCGCCCAACGGUAGUGCAGCUGAGCCCCCUACCACUUCCGGCUCCAGGGAAGAGAACCAGAUGGGGCCUGAGGCCCCUGCCAGCGACACCCAGGACCUUGACAUGAAGAAGCAGCGUUGUAAAUGCUGCUCCAUCAUGUGAGCUGCAGGCCCCAGACCCCGGCCCCACCCUCCACACCACAGAGACCCACAGUUCGGCCCCGGUGCCUGCCCACCCUCCACCCACAAUCAUGGGCCCCAGGACAUGCCGUGUUGUCACAUCUUCCUUCUGAGUUUUCUUUCACUGGAAAGAGAGGGACAGGGGUCUCGCACCCAUCACCAUCCCGACACACCCUGAACCACUGAGCUGUGUGCCUGUGCCUGGUAGGACAGAGACGCAGACAGACCCACUUUUCCCAAAAUGAGGAUCCCCCACAUGUCACGGCAGCAUCACAGACGGGCUUUCAACCACAGAGUUCCUAGCUGGUGGGACCUGGGCCACGCAAGCCCGCUACCCUCUGGGCGUCCUGCCUGUGCCUUCCUGCCAGAGAGGCACUGGAGAGCCGAAGGGUCCUGGGGGCCUUUUCUGUCCCCACUCAGCCCCAGGAAGUAGGGUUACCUGGCAAAGGCACUGGUGCCGGGAUCUUGGGCAGUUGGGGUGAGGCUGUGCCUCAUUGGGAAGCCUCAGUCAGAAACCAGGCUCCAGUUCUUACAGUGGAACAGGGGCCCCUCUGGACACCCCAGCCCAGUGUGCCCUUUUCUUGAUGCUCUCCGUGGGCGUGGCCAGUGCAUGAUGGAGCCUAGGAAGGGAGAGCCCAGAGGACAUACACCCCACUUGGGGGGAGUCUAUGACCCCUGUGCUGUCUUCUAGAUGGGGCUGGUGAGGGCCUUUGAGUUGCCCCCUGCACAAGGUAGGGCCACGUGAGCCACUUUUUGUCCUGAGCUCCCACCCUCACUGGGCCCUCCUUCCUCCUGGUGCUAAUAUGGGGACCCUGAGGGGCUGCCCCAGCCCAUUCUCUAGCCUGCUUGGGCCAGGGUCCUGGAUCUCCCUAACCAUACCCCAGAGAUCAGGCCCACUGCCAGCUCUGCUGGGCUUGGCACAUUCUGGGCGGCGGAGGGGCACACAGCCUGGGGCAGGGAGCUUCCCCUGGGUUGGAGCAGGAGAUCCCCAUUGGCUACCAGGCCAAUAUGAGCCUGCCCCCCUCACUGGAAGGGGUGAGGGACUCUCCUCCGGCGGGGAGCUGACACCUAGAUGUGCACACACAUCUCCCAGGUUGUAGCCACACUCAUCCUCAGAGGCACAUUCAUGCCCAUGCUCACAGACCCCCUGUGUGGGCUGUAGGAUGACAAGGCCCCAUCUUGGGUCCCUCCCCUGGGCCCACCCCCCAACUGCCUGGUGCCCAGGCUGAGAUGGCCCCCCAGACCCCCCACCCCCACCUCCACAGAGCCGUGUAGGGGCCACCUGAAACCAGCCUGGCCUAUUUCAUCUCAGCUCUGCCCCUCAGUGGUGGGAGGAGAGUCCCUCUUGGAGGUGGCCCCCAGCAGUGGCAUGGACCCCCUCCCUCCUCGAGUUGCCAAGUCCUCGAGCUGAGAGCCUCCGCUGAAGUGCCCUUGCUGCCCCUCUGCUUUUGAUGUGUGACAGGCCCGUGUUCUUGACUUUCCCAGAGAAGCAAAUAAACCCUGUGA